GUUGUAUCUUACUUUAGAAUUUAAGGGACAGAAAAAAGAAGAUUGAUUAUAAAUCUCCACUAGCGGCUUAAAAAUAUAUCUGGCAUUUUUCUUCUUCAGGAUUCCAUGGCGCACUUAGCCUUUAACAUUCAACUAAUCAUUUAUUGAAAUUAUCUGGAAUCCACAUUUAGCCAUCCAACAAAUUUGAAGAGCGAUUUCAGGAGAGAACAUUUUUCAUGCAAAUCCGGAAUGGCAAUAUAACGCAAUGUUUCUUAGUGCAUUCCAUCGCAAAAUCAUGGAACCAAGUGAAUGUUUUGUUACAGGCAUGUACAAGCAUUCAAACCCUACAACAACUCCAUGCACACAUUAUUAUUUAUGGAGUCGAAGGAGAACUUUCAAUUGCUUCCAGAAUUCUCAGCAGGCAAAGGAUCAGACAAUUUUACUUUUCCCUUUGUUUUCAAGGCUUGUGGUGGCCUGUUAGCUAUAGAAGAGGGGAAAAAGAUUCAUGCUAAGAUGAUUAAAGGUGGAUUUGAUUCGGAUGUUUACGUGGGAAACAGUCUCAUUGCCAUGUACGUGAAAUGUGGCAGAAUUGAAUUUGCACGCCAAGUGUUUGAUAAAAUGCCUGAAAGAACACUGAUGGUUUGGAAUAACAUAAUUUCUGGUUAUGCCCGAAAUGGGUGCGCUAACGAGGCUCUGGUUCUUUUUCAUCGGAUGGUUCAACUUCCAGACCUGAAAAUCGAUUUGAUCACUAUAACGAGUCUCCUGCCCGCUUGUACUGAUUUGACGGAUCUACGAGGAGGUAAGUGCAUUCAUGGUUAUGUAAUUAGAAAUGGAUUUGAUUUGGAUGUCCUUCUAGGGACUGCUUUUAUAGACAUGUAUGCCAAAUGUGGGAAUAUAGAGAUUUCACAGGCAUUGUUUAACAGAAUGUUUGAAAAGGAUGUGGUUGCAUGGAAUGCAUUGAUAUCUGGGUAUUCCCAGAAUGGGUACGCAAAUCAGGCUUUGAUAAUGUUCAGCGAAAUGCGAGUCUCUGAAGUAGAGCCAACUUCAAGCACCAUGGUGAGUGUACUCCCAGCUUGUGCUCAUCUUGCUGCCCUGCAAUUGGGUAAGUGUUUGCAUAAUUAUAUCAUUAGAAAAGGAUUUGAGAUGGAUAUUACUCUGGUGACUGCUGUGAUUGACAUGUAUGCAAAAUGUGGGAAUCUACAGCUUGCCCGCGAAUUGUUUGACAGAAUGUGUAAAAGAAAUUUAAUUUUGUGGAAUGCGAUGAUUUGUGGUUAUGGAAUGCAUGGGCAUGGCGAGGACGCUCUUGUACUGUUUUCACAAUUGCAACAAACUGGCCUGAAGCCAGACAACAUCACCUUUGUUGGUGUUUUGACUGCUUGCAGUCAUGGUGGCCUGAUAGAUAAGGGUCAAUAUUUAUUUGAUGAAAUGACUCGAGUCUAUCACAUUACACCAAUGGCAGAGCAUUAUGCAUGUAUAGUUGAUCUUCUUGGGCGUGCUGGAUGUCUGGACAAGGCACAUGACUUCAUUGAAAAGAUGCCAGUAGAACCAGGUGCCGGUGUGUGGGGAGCUUUGCUUGGCGCCUGCAGAGUUCAUUGCAAUAUUGAGCUGGGGAAAAAAGUGGCAGAGCAUCUUUUUCACCUGGAGCCUCAAAAUGCUGGACGCUAUGUACUCAUGUCAAACAUCUUUGCCACAGCGGGCAAGUGGAAUGAUGUGGCAAAGCUGAGAAUACUAAUGAAAGCCAGGAAGGUGAAAAAGCCUCCUGGGUGCAGCUCAAUUGAGAUAGGUAACAGAACUCAUUCAUUCAUUGUGGGAGACAAAAGACACCCCGAAUCUGAGAGAAUCUAUAGAACACUGGACGUAUUGGUGGAACAGAUGAAGGAAGCAGGUUAUGUGCCUGACGUGAAUUUUGUGCUGCAUGAAGUAGAGGAAGAGGUGAAGGAACAAAUGCUCUUUAGUCAUAGUGAAAAGUUAGCAAUAGCUUUUGGUAUCAUCAGCACUUUCCAUGGAACUCCAAUCCGGAUCACAAAAAAUCUUCGUGUUUGUGGCGACUGCCAUAACGCUGCUAAGUUCAUCUCCAAAAUUGUGAGUCGAGAAAUUAUUGUGAGAGAUACAAAACGAUUCCAUCAUUUCAAGAAUGGAUUCUGUUCUUGUGGGGAUUAUUGGUAAUCCUAACGAUAUAAGCAAUUAAUACAAAGUUGAACCUA